AUGGCAAAGUACUCAUCUUUUUCCAGCUCGUCCACCGAGAGACCAUUGUGGGUUCGACAGAGUGCUCAUGUCACCAAGACCCUUGGCUUCUCCAGAGCAGACUUUACGCAAGACUCUUCUCAUGAUCUUACCAGAACGAGUCUUUGGCAAGUCUGGAACCACAAUGAUGCUCUUAGGAGCAGCAAAUGGUCCAAUGAUUCCUCUCACAUGCAAAACAAGGGAUCUUCUCAAAGCAGUCAAGGCCUCAGCGUCGUUGGUCUCGGACUCGUUCUACUCGAUCUCCGAAGUCGACAGUCUGUGACCAGAAACGUUGACCACAUCGUCAACUCUACCUCUGAUCCAGUAGUAACCGUCGUGAUCUCUACCAGCACCGUCUCCUGUGAAGUAGAAACCUGGGUAUGGCUUCAGGUAAGUAUCGAUGUAACGGUGGUGGUUUUUGUACACGGUUCUAGCCAUGGAUGGCCAACUGGAUCUGACAGCCAACACACCUUCAACAUCGUUUCCUUCAAGCACCUUUCCAGUGACAGGGUCAAUGAUGACAGCAUCAAUUCCGAAGAAUGGCAAAGUGGCUGCACCUGGCUUGGUAGGAAUAGCACCAGCCAAAGGAGCAAUCAAGUGGGAGCCAGACUCGGUUUGCCAGUAAGUGUCAGAAAUGUGACACAAGCUCUUUCCGAUCUUCUGAUCGUACCAAUCCCAGAUCUCGGCAGCAAUUGGUUCUCCGACAGAACCCAAAGUACGCAAGGAGCUCAAAUCGUACUUCUCGAUCUCUGCCUCUCCGGAUUUCUUGAGCAGUCUCAAUGCAGUUGGUGCAACGUAGAAGUGGGUUGCACGGUGUUUCUCAACGAUCUUCCAGAAACGGCCGUAGUCUGGGUAAGCUGGAGUACCUUCAAAGACGAUGGUAGCGCAGCCAAUAGCCAAUGGACCGUAGAGGGCAUAAGAGUGACCUGUAAUCCAACCAACGUCUCCCGCAGUGAAGAGGACGUCUUCUGGUUGCACGUCAAACACAUACUUAGUGGUGAGGAAAGCACCCAACAGGAACCCGCCCGUGCAGUGGACAACACCUUUUGGAGCACCCGUGGAUCCGGAGGUGUAGAGCAUGAAAAGUGGGUCUUCGGCGUUCACUGGCACUGGGGGACACACCUUCUCAACGGUAGGACAGUCUUUCAGACCUUCGUCCACGAUCUUCUUGGUGUUGAUGGUCUUGCCACCUCUUUUACCCUGAUCGCAGGUGAUCACGGCCUUACAUCCAGCGUCGCUGACUCUGUCCUUGAUCGAACCUGCAGAGAAACCUGCAAAGAUGACAGAAUGGAUAGCUCCAAGACGAACAACGGCCAACAUGGCGAUCAAUGCUUCGGGGGUCAUUGGGAGAUAAAUAGCCACAGUAUCACCUUUUUUGAUUCCCCAGCUCUUCAAAACACCAGCAACCUGGGAGACCUUGUUCAGCAACUCACCGUAAGUGAGAGUGGUGCUCUCUUGCUCGUCAUCUGCCUCGAAAAUGAUGGCAGUCUUGUCAGGGUUGGCAAAGGCAUGUCUAUCAACACAGUUGUAGCUCGCGUUCAGUUCUCCACCAACAAACCAGGCAGAGUCACCAUUGGCCAACGAUCCAGUCUUAACGUGCUUGAACUCCUUGUCCCAGUCCAGGUGCUGUUUGGCAAGAGGUCCAAAAAAACCCUCCGGGUCUUCGAUCGACUGCUUGUACAGAGUUUUGUAGUCAUCUAG